ACUCCGGAAAUCGAAAUCCUCGGUAAUAUACAAAAUUGUCUGGAGAGACAGGGAAAAAAAAUUGUGGGGUUUUAUCAGCAGCCAAAGUUUUAUGAAUGAAGAAUAAUUAAAUCAUUCUUUCAUUCAAAUCAAUUGCUUCUUCUGUAUUAUAAACAACAACAAGUAUGAGUUUAGAUCAAACAUUCAUAACGAAUUCAAGUUGGAAACCAGAUUUAUUUAAGGGGAAAGUUGUGUUUGUUACUGGGGGAGCAGGAACCAUUUGUCGAGUUCAAACAGAAGCAUUAGUAUUAUUAGGAGCUAAUGCUGCUAUUGUAGGUAGAAAUAAAGAAAAGACAGAUGCUGCUGCUAUAGAGAUUUCUAAACUUAGAAAAGAUGCUAAAGUGAUAUCAUGUCCCAAUACCGACGUAAGAAAAGUUCAAUCUAUAGUUGAAGCAGUUAAUAAAACUAUUAAAGAAUUAGGUAGAAUUGAUUUUGUUAUAGCAGGAGCAGCAGGGAAUUUUUUGGCUGAUUUCAAUCAUUUAUCAUCCAAUGCAUUUAAAUCAGUUGUUGAUAUUGAUUUAUUAGGAUCUUUUAAUACUGUUAAAGCCACAUUUGUUGAAUUAAGAAAAAAUAAAGGUGCUAUAUUAUUUGUUAGUGCUACAUUACAUUAUUAUGGAGUUCCAUUUCAAAUCCAUGUGGGAGCAGCUAAAGCUGGGGUUGAUGCGUUAUCCAAUGCAUUAGCGGUUGAAUUGGGUCCUAUUGGAAUUAGAAGUAAUGUGAUUGCCCCUGGAUUAGUAGAUGGUACUGAAGGGAUGGAUCGAUUACUUACCACCAGUAAAUCAAAUGCCCAAACUAAGAUACCAUUGCAAAGAUUAGCUACUACAAGAGAUAUAGCAGAAGCCACUGUGUUUUUGUUUUCUCCUGCUGCAUCAUAUAUAACAGGUACCGUUCAAGUGGUUGAUGGAGCAGCCUGGCAUUUAGGGAGUACUAAAAAGGAUGAAUAUCCAGUAUUAAUCAAACAAAAGAAUGAAGAAACCGUUACCAAGUUAUAGUCCAGAUAGUAUUACUUACUGAUUGAUUGAUUGAUCAGUCUUCUUACUCCAUACAUCUUGUAAUGAAUAGACAUGAAUCGUAAUCAUAAUUUGUAGUUCAGUUCAGUUCAGUUCAUUUUGGCUGUAAAUAAAUAAAUAAAAUUUAAAAAAUGACGCGUUGUUCUUUCUUUCUGUUUGGAGUGUCACCCAAAAUUAAAGUGAGAUUUUUUUUCAUGAUGAAGCAGAACAGAAG